UGGUUGGAGGUGUUUGUGUCAAACACUUGAAGCUGCAGGGCCCCUUUUCCAAUUUCCACCAGCAGUUUGCAGAUGAGCGGCUGAAAGAGGACAGUUUGAUCAGCCCACACAGCCUUCACCGCAGCUGAACUUAUACUGGUUGCCGAAAAAAGAAGACAGCUCAGGAGGUGAUUGGGUGAAGCGAUGACAGAGGAGGAGAGUCUGUGAGAGAGUCAGUCAGACUGCAGAUCUUCAUCAACCAGCAGAAACACAUCCUGAGAUAUGGCGGAUGUUCAGUUGCAGUAGGCGCCUCAUGUGGAGCAGAUAGAGGUGGAGACCAGCUGUUGGCUCUGAAACUUCACCCAUCCUCAAGUCUUGCCGUGAGUCCUCAGGUCUAGAUGAACUAUGGAAGUCUCCUGGGUCGUCCUGCUCGUGUCAGCCGCCAUCCUAAUCUCCCUCGUCCUCCUGGCCUUCGUCUGUCUGGACUGCAGGAACAAAGGUCCACUGGCCUUAAUUUCGCAAACCAACACGUCAGCCGAAUACAUACCAUCCACUCAGUUCAGAGUCAUCCAUUCAGCCCAGUCAGCCUCCAUUGUGAACUCUUUGCACUCUCCUACCAACCUACUGUCGCCGCAAUCCAAUAAUCUGGUAUUUCCUCAGCGAAUCCCGUCCUACGCCCCAACAGAAACCGAGAGUAAUCCAAGUUACGAGAAUCCAGUCCCCGGACCUGACUCCAUUGAGAGCGAUGUUGAAGAAGGAUACAUACAAGUGUUGCCUGAGCCUGAAGGUCUACCAGCCAAUCCGAGUCGAGCCUCAAGCAUCAGUUCAGACACGCAACAUGACUACGAGAACGUUGCUAAACCAGAUUCAGAGUCAUCUUCACUGCCAAAGAGCGGAGACUAUCUGAACGUGGACCCGCAGACAUGUUCACCAUCGACACCUGAACUAUCGUCUCAGAGCGACAGCGACGAUUACGAGGCUAACUACGUCAAUCAGCCUUCUAUGAUCGGCAACUAGUCCGGUUCUUGAUGAGGGGAGCCCAGUGAGCCCUUCAGCCUCAUCUUCAUCAAUCCAUCUUUAUUCUAUAAUUAUGAGAUGAACGUGUCUCUUUGUGGAGAGUCGAGACUCCUUUUUCUCAGCGGUAUAUAUAUAUAUAUAUAUAUAUAUAUAUAUAUAUAUAUAUAUAUAUAUAUAUAUGUAUAUGUGUGUGUGUGUGUGUGUGUUUGCUUUGUUUUUUUUAUUUCUUUUAUUUUUGUUUUCUAACUUCCCGUCUAAAGGGCCGACAGGUUUUUGAGAUUCUUCCGUCUCUCUCUGCUCACAAUCAGACUUUACAUAGAUGCAGAACAACGUCUUCUUGUUUUCUUGGCAGUGGUCAUGUAGGAAUUUGGUGAAUUACCGCCACCAUCUGAUGGCUGUGACGAGGUACCCACAGGCCCAAAAUCAGCUUCUCUCUUCAACAUAAUGCCAAAUUCAGAUUUUUAAUAUGUAAUGAGUAAUAACUUUGCUAUUGAUUCAUUUAAAAAAUUAACGCAGUAAAAAAGAAAAAUCGUGCUCAUCAUUCUCUGUUUUAGUGAUGUAAUUUUUCCAAACAAAUCUGCUUUGAGACCUUGGAGACGUAUUUUAUUUUAUUCUGAAAGUAAAAAUUGAACAAAACGGGGUUCUACAAACUAAAAUUUAUCUUUUUAAAACUAAGACCGGAUAUAUAGUGGAAUAAAAA